AUGGACGAGUCUGACGUGUCAUGGGAGGAGUUUUUCGCCACGUCACCACCUCUCGCAGACGAUGACGUCAUCAAGGAACAGCUGUCGGCUUUCAUUGUACCACUCACCCAUCCACCAAGGCACUCACCACUCCCACAUCCCCGCACGCAUCCCUCCCUGCCCCCCACCAUCACGCUUUCUCCCCCCUCUGCACGCACCUCUCAGCCGCGUCCACCCACGCUCGUCCCUGCUGCCGUCCCUGCUGCCAUCGAGCACCACCACAGUGCCGCUCGGACCAUCCACUCUCCCUGUCCCCUUAUUUCUGCUCUUUCCUUCAUCUUCCCGCGUCUCCCUCCAUCUCCCCUUCUCCAAUCGCAUCCCCUCUACAGCGCCCAGGCGGCACCAGCACUUGAGCCGCCUGGGCGCCGCUCGCUGGUGGUGGGUGUGACGUCAGGCGCCACGAAGCGAGCCUCGCAGCAGCCCGGUGGUGCCCCCCUGGUAACAUCGGGCGGCACGACAGUGCCUCUGGAGCGCCGCUGUGUGCCUCUGGAGCGGCGCUGUGUGCCUCUGGAGCGGCGCUGUGUGCGCUUCAUUGACAACUUCACCCCCCCCAUUGCCCCUCUCUCCCCUCCCCCCCUUUGUUCUUUGCAGCAAGCGUCACAGCAGCCCGGGGGUGCACCGCUGGUAACAUGUGUGACGUCAGGCGGCACCACCGUCCCCUUGGAGCGGCGCUGUGUGCGCUUCAUUGACAACUUCAGCGCCGGCAACCGCGGGGCCGCCUCCUGCGAGCACUUCCUCGCGCAGGGCUACUCCGUCAUCUUCCUCCACAGGCGGGGCUCCAUGCGUCCCUUCUGCCGCGGCCUGCCAGAGUCGCCUCUCCUCACGUGCCUGCGAGCCUCGCCCUCUGCUGCCGUGCCCUGCACGGAGCAAGCAAGUGUUGCUUCAGACCGCCAGAAGCAGGGGGGGCAAGGCGCUGCCUGUGCGGAGGAGAGGGUGAGCGGGGCUGCAGGCGGCAGUGGGGAGGCGAGUGGCAGUGGCGCACACAGCAGCAUCAGCAGCGGCUCUGCGCAAAUGUAUCUGGAAGCCAUUCCGCCAUACACGGAUGCGGUGCAUCGAGCCGUUCUCAUGUUCAACCAGGCACAGGAGGGAGGGCGGCUGCUGCUGCUGCCAUUCACCACACUCUUCCAGUACCUCCAGUUGCUUCGCCUGGUGGCCGAGGCCUUGAACCCCAUUGGUCCACGUGGCAUGGUCUACCUGGCAGCAGCAGUGUCCGACUUUUUUGUCCCCUGGCCCUCCAUGGUGGAGCACAAGAUUCAGUCAGGAGCGGGUCCCCUGGACAUCCACCUGGCGCGCGUGCCCAAGAUGAUUCCCCUCCUGCGCUCCCUCUGGUGCCCUCAAGCCCUCCUCGUCUCCUUCAAGGUGCGCCUCCCACCCUCUCGCCUCUCCACCCCUCUCGCCUCUCCACCCCUCUCGCCUCUCCACCCCUCUCGCCUCUCCACCCCUCUCGCCUCUCCACCCCUCUCGCCUCUCCACCCCUCUCGCCUCUCCACCCCUCUCGCCUCUCCACCCCUCUCGCCUCUCCACCCCUCUCGCCUCUCCACCCCUCUCGCCUCUCCACCCCUCUCGCCUCUCCACCCCUCUGCUUCCGCUGCCCCGCCUCCCUCUCUCUUGCCGCACUCUAUUCAAACCUCUGGAGACGGACAGCAGCAUUCUGCUCAGCAAGGCGGACAGCAUCUUACCCCCCUCACCCCCCUUCCCCCCCUCCCCCCCCUGCCCUCCUCUACUCCCUAUCAGCUGGAGACGGACAGCAGCAUUCUGCUCAGCAAGGCGCGCUCAGCCCUGCAGAAAAACCACGUGCACGCCGUGGUGGCCAAUGAGCUGCUGACACGUGGCAGCAAGGUGGUGCUGGUGACAGAAGAGGGGGAGGAGGUGAUAGAGCGGGGCGAGGGAGGGGUGGGGGGGAAGGGGGCUGUUGGAGAUGUGGAGGAGCCGCUGGUAAAGCUGCUGGCAGCCAUGCACCACACGCACUGCCAGGGGGGCUGA